AUGAACGUGGUUGUACGCUCAUUGAGAAAGGGAACUUUUCCCAUACGAGCAUCAAUUCUGCGAUUUUUUUCUGCUGGCGAAUCAUCUGGGCCAAGUUUCACGGCGUCCACCUCGAUGGAUGAAUUUGAUGAAUUCGUCGAAAGCCUCGGACGAGACGUAACCGACAUAAAUAAGGACCUUACUUUCUCGCGUAUGUUGAGGCAAUCAAAGUUUAUGCAGCUGGGCGAUUUUAAUGGAUGUGUUGUAACGGGUCGCAUAGUACAUCGUGUUCAAGACGAUCUCUACAUCGACUUCGGACUGAAGUUCAACGCAGUCUGCAAAGCGCCUUCCGUGAAUUCCGAGGCGUAUAGCGAGGGAGCUACUGUACUGCUCCGGUUACAUGAUCCCGAAUUGAGUGAGCGAUUCUUAGGAUCGGACCAUGAUCUGACUUUGCUGGAAGCUGAUGCGACUUUGGUGCGAUUGCUCCGCCCUGCAUCUGAUAAAGGGGUGAAAGACUCAUAUAUCCUGUGCCUUUUUUAA